AUGGCCCCGAAACAAACUCCUGGCCAGGCCGAUGAUCCUUGCACCAACUCGGUCGUACAAUUUGACACUUAUCCUCUUGAGCACGUCUAUCGCCUAGUUGAGCCGGAUCCAGUCCUAUUAGUUGCAACCGGAUCCCUACACGAGGUCACACAUAACAUCAUGGCCAUUGGCUUUCAUAUGAUGAUGCAGCAUGAGAGCCCACCAUUGAUUGAUAUCACGCUUGGUCCCUGGGACACUUCAUUUGCGCUUCUUCAGAAGUACCGUACUUGCGUGUUGGCUAUUCCCUCAGUUGAGAUGGCCUCGGAUGUGGUUGAUAUCGGGAACUGCUCGGCUGCAGAUGCAGAUGCGGACGGAGAUAAGUGGAAGCGUUUCGCUCUAGAGGCCCGGCCCAUACAGCAGGUCGCUACUUUGCUGAUAGCUGGGCCCCACAUACUAGCUAAUAUCGAGUGUGUGGUUGAGGACACGGCCUUCGUACGCAAGUAUGCAAUGUGGGCACUCCGUCCCGUUAAGGCGUGGACUAGACGCGGGGAGCCCGGCACUAUAUUCCAUCAUCGAGGCCAGGGGAUCAUGGUUACUGAUGGAGAAGUGAUCGACUUGUCGCAGAGGAUGGUCGAAUGGCAGGAAUUCUUAGAUUAA